UCGGCACUCAGCGGAGUUUUCCGAACGCAAAAGCAGCAGUAUGAUAUAUUUAAGUGUCAACUGUUGUUAAAAUAAUUAUGAAGUGUUAUUAAAAUAAACGCGAUAUUAAGGAAAAGUAGCCUUAAGAAGAUUUUGGUUUUAGAUAGUAAUAAUACUUAAAUUAAUAUAAUAAUAACACAAAUAUCGAGAGAGAGGGAAAAAAUGGCAGAAGUUACUACAAACAGUCGAAGAAUUUUGAUUGCUAUGGACGGAAGCAAACACGCAACUAAUGCAUUCGUUUGGUUUAUGGAGCAUUUCUACAAGGAUGGUGAUACUUUGAUUAUUGUUUACUGCGCUGAGUUAGGAGCGAAUCUGCCUCCAAUUGCCCAGCUAGCAAACCCUGGAGUGGUUCCCAUCAUGAUAGCCGAACAUGACGAGGAGGUACAGAAAGUCUUGAAGAACAUUGAUGACAUUGUCAAACAAUAUAAUGUGAAAUACUCAGUGGAGCGCCUACAUGAGCCUGCUGGUGAAUCUAUAGUACUGGCCGCAAAAGAUCACAAUAUUGACAUUAUUGUAUCUGGGAGUCGGGGAAUGGGCGUGGUCAGACGAACCAUACUGGGCAGUGUUAGCGACUAUAUUGUUCAUCAUGCACACGUGCCUGUUCUAGUUUGUAAAUACAGUGACCAGCAAUAAAAUACACAAACAGAUACUAUUUUUACAUAGCGGGAGAUAUGACAAUGUCAAAUUUUAUCUUGACUGUGUAAAGGAGACACGGGAACUGUAACAGGCGACAGUCGGCACUCGGCAGUGUAUAAUUUAAGGACUCUAAGGUUUUUUUGUCAUGACGGGCCCGAGAUUUGGGUACCAUUUCAUUUACAUAUAGGUCUGGACCAGUAACUUGUGAGCAAAUUUUCAUACCCCCCAAAUAAUCAUUUUUAUUGUCCAAAAAGACACAAAUAUGAAAAGCAUUGCAACGCCUUCACUCAAUUUGGGUAAAGAUUCGCACACAAAAAUUUUGAGUGUAUUUCUUCCUUAGCCUUUGCAGAUUAUUUCAUUCACUUGAUCUAUAUAAGAAUUUCCAAAUUUAAUGUCUUUAGGCUUUUUACUAUUAGUAGAGUUCCUUUAAUAUAGUUUACACUGCC